CAAGUGCCACAACCGUAGCCUGUAGCUUCAUCCGUUGCGCUGCUCCCGGUUCCAUCGCGCGGUGCGGAAUUUAACAUGGCCGUGCCGGAGGUGGUGGUCGACGGCGUCGUCUUCCCGCCGGUGGCCCGCCCGCCGGGCUCCGCCGGCUCGCACUUCCUCGGCGGCGCAGGCGUGCGAGGCCUCGAGAUCGGAGGCAACUUCAUCAAGUUCACGGCCAUCGGCGUGUACCUGGAGGACGCGGCCGUGCCCGCGCUGGCCAAGAAGUGGGGCGGCAAGACGGCCGACGAGCUCGCCUCCGACGCCGCCUUCUUCCGCGACGUCGUCACGGGCGACUUCGAGAAGUUCACGAGGGUGACGAUGAUCCUCCCGCUGACGGGCGAGCAGUACGCGGAGAAAGUGACGGAGAACUGCGUGGCGUUCUGGAAGGCCGCCGGCCUGUACACGGACGCCGAGGGCGUCGCCGUGGAGAAGUUCAGGGAGGUGUUCAAGCCAGAGACUUUCGCGCCGGGCGCCUCCAUCCUCUUCACGCACUCGCCCGCCGGAGUCCUCACCGUCGCCUUCUCCAAGGACUCGUCGGUGCCAGCGGCCGGCGGCGUGGCGAUCGAGAACAAGCGCCUCUGCGAGGCCGUGCUGGAGUCCAUCAUCGGGGAGCGCGGCGUGUCGCCGGCCGCGAAGCUGAGCCUCGCCGCGAGGGUGUCGGAGCUCCUCGCCAAGGAGACCGCCGCGCCCGCCGACGCGCCGCAGGCGGAGCCCGUCUCCAUCACCGCCUGAGGCGAGGAGCGGGCGGGCGAGCGAACGAACCGCGAGGAGAAAGAAAGCAACCAGACGGUUGGGCGGCACGGCGUCUCACACCUGCCGCCUGCGCUUGCGUGCUCCGGACCGGAGAGAUGCCGCGCGGGUGCAGUGCAGCCGUCGCGUCAUGUCUGUCCGCGCUCUGGCGUCGUGUUCCUGCCUUUCUGGUCGCGUAGUUGUCUUGUGUUCGCUGUUGGUCGUUCUGGGUAACAUUUGAAUAAAACAAGCGGAUUUGUUGC